AUGGAAAGAGAUGGUGCAGGGUCAGCCGCCAAAGAUGAUGACGAUCCACGGAUUAGAGGAGGAGAGAUUGUGAGCGCUUCGUCAGGACACAUGAAGAGACAAAUAUCAGAAAGGAAUCGCGCGGAGGCGAUGGCAGACUCCAGGGAUGAUGAUGAUCGACGGCUCAGAGGAGGAGGAGAGAUUGUGAGCGAUUGGUCACGAUGCAUGAGGCAACAGAUUUGGGAUUGCUUGAGAGAUGAAAAGAUUUCAGUGUUCUCAGUAUGGGGAUGGCAGGGAGUGGGGAAGACAAGGAUCAUGAGACAGGUGGUUGCAGCGGUGAUGGAAGAAUCCAGAGAAUCUAGCCGUCUGUUUGAUGUAAUCAUCCGAGUAAGAGCAUCGGGGGUCGAGUGUCUUGCAGAGAAGAUGCUGGCGAGAAUCAGAGGAGAAUUGGACAAAUUGUCGAGUUUAAGGAGACGACUUUUAAUGGCGUUGGAUGCAAAGGGAAGAAGGAAUCGGUUGAUGGAGGUACAGAUGGGAAUCAAGGAGGCGUUGGAGAUCCCAAAGUCCAUGCACUUCUCUGCAGCUGCUAAACUAAUCUCGGCUAAGCUAAGCGGCCAGCGUUUCCUCCUCGUCUUGGAAGAUGUUUGGGAAAGCAUCAACUUGGAAGAGAUGGGAGUUCCCCCAGUCAUGGCAUCUGCUAUCACCAGCAGCAGCAAAGUCGUCAUCACGACUCGAUCCCAUGAAGUUUGUAAGGAAAUGGGAGCCCAAGUAAACAUCAUGAUGGGGGAGUGGUCUAAAGAAGACGCCUGGGAUUUUUUAAAGGAAGAGGCAGCCAAUGUGGCCACCAGCAUUGGUUUCUCAACAACAGGAGACAUGGUCUUGAAAUGCUUCUCUUACGUCUCCUUGUUCUGUCAAAACGGAUGCUCCAUUGAUGGGGAUUCCUUGAUAGAUGAAUAUUGGAGGUCGGAGGGCUUUUUAAAUGGAUCCUUCAAUGGGGAGGAGAAUAAAGAAGCGGCUUUCAAGAGACUUGGGAAUGUACUGCUCAAAGAGUUAGCAGAGAGAUGCAUGGUGCUACUGUCUCUGAUGUCAUCAAACCCAGAUUACCUACACUUUUAUCUAAACAAGUAUGGAAAAUAUUUAGAUAGCACGUCAAAAUUUCAAACUACUGAAGACGGAUUUAUGGAUUGGCUACAAGAGCAAUUUACAAUGGAGGAAUCAUCGGGAGGACGCUAUCAUGUGGAUAUGAAUUCUCAUGUGAGGCAAGUGAUUAAUUCUCAGACGUUCCUAGUGAAAUACAACUUAGAUGGGGAAGAAGCAUGCCAAUGGAUCUCAUUAUCCCACAAUCAGGUAGAAACAUUUCAAUUCAGCUCUCCAAACUACUCUCUUCUCUCGACGUUGUUGCUCAAUGAUAACGAUCGCAUGCAAGAAAUCCCAGACAGUUUUUUCAAGAACAUGACCAGACUCCGAGUCCUUGACCUUUCUUCUACAAGCAUCUCUUCCCUGCCAUAG